CGCGGGGAAUGCGCGUGGCUCCCCCCUCGCGCACUGGACGCUCGCGACGCUCGCUCGCCUCGCGCAGGGUUUGGCGUGGAGCUCGCGCAGGACUGGCUGUGCUCAGCGCCACUUCCGGUUUCCGUCAUUUCAUUCUCCCGCCGAUGCGCGCGGCUCGACUCUCUGCGUUGUAUAAGCGCGCGAGCGUCCGACCUGCCAACACACACUGACACUCACUCAUCUCACACCGCGCGCGAGAGCGAGGGACCGCCGCGUUUUUUAAAAAACUCUUCUGUUUCCCCUUCUUCUUUUUUUUUUUUUUUUUUUUUUUUUUUUUUAAAUACAGUAGUAAUAAAACAAGAAAGCGGACCGGAGGCAUAAAGAAGACAGGGACUUGUGGGAUGAAAACGGGGCUAAAAAGAUUCAUCCUCUCUUGAACAUCAUCAUCACCAACCAUCAUUCAUUCAUUACCUUGACAACCUCUGGCUUUGAUUGACAGCUGGAGUGGCAAAAAGCCAUGAGACACGACAGUUUAGUUACAUGCAGGUUGUUGAUGGGCCGGCUGUAACCUUCAGUUUUGGUGCUUGACUUUUUUUUUUUUCUCCUUUCUUUUCUGGGGGGCAAAGAGAAAAAGAAGAAGAAUAAUUGCAAAAACUCUUCCCGAUGCCUGCGCUCUUUCUCAGCCAUAUACUGGAGAAUAGGAGAAUUCGGCGAGUUGCUUGAAAACGGGAUCUUUGCGGCGCGUGAGUUUGUGAGCGGACUGGGAAAUUAAAUCUACGACACAGAUCCAGAGGUUUAUUGGAGCGCAGGCUGAUGGCGCAAAGGUACGAUGAGCUGGCUCACUACGGCGGCAUGGACGGGGUCGGGAUGUACGGGGACCCUCACGCGCCGCGGCCGCUCCCGCAGGUCCACCACCUGAACCACGGACCCCCGCUCCACGGACAGCACUACGGCACGCACGCCCCGCAUCCCAACGUCAUGCCCGGCAGCAUGGGCUCGGCUGUCAACGACGUGCUAAAGAGGGAUAAAGAUCAAAUUUACGGUCACCCUCUGUUCCCUCUGCUGGCUCUGGUGUUUGAGAAGUGUGAGCUGGCCACAUGCACGCCUCGCGAGCCCGGGGUGGCCGGAGGAGAUGUGUGUUCCUCGGACUCCUUCAACGAGGACAUCGCUGUCUUCGCUAAACAGGUUCGCGCUGAAAAACCUUUAUUUUCUUCAAAUCCAGAAUUGGAUAAUUUGAUGAUACAAGCCAUACAAGUAUUACGGUUUCAUCUUUUGGAGUUAGAAAAGGUGCACGAGCUCUGCGAUAACUUCUGCCAUCGGUACAUCAGCUGCUUGAAAGGGAAGAUGCCCAUAGAUUUAGUGAUCGACGAACGGGACGGAAGCUCGAAAUCAGACCAUGAGGAACUCUCGGGAUCUUCCACGAACUUAGCCGAUCAUAAUCCCUCGUCCUGGAGAGAUCACGACGACGCCACGUCCACACACUCGGCCGGCACACCGGGACCGUCCAGCGGAGGACACGCGUCGCAGAGCGGAGACAACAGCAGCGAGCAGGGAGAUGGUUUAGACAACAGCGUGGCCUCACCCGGCACGGGCGACGAUGACGAUCCAGACAAGGACAAAAAGCGACAGAAAAAGCGAGGCAUCUUCCCUAAGGUCGCCACCAACAUCAUGCGGGCAUGGCUCUUCCAGCAUCUCACACACCCGUAUCCUUCAGAAGAACAGAAGAAGCAGCUCGCUCAGGACACAGGCCUCACCAUCUUACAAGUAAACAACUGGUGAGUCCAGGCCCUUUCCUCUCUCUGACCAU